UCUGUAAAAAGGAAAGUUUUUUCUCUCUGGUUUUUCAAGCUCUCCAACCUCCAUCGGUCUCUGUCCUGUAGGUGUAACCCACCACCAAGAAAAAAGAUUUUUGGUUUUCUAGAGAGAACAAAAAAAAUCAGCAUUCCUCUGUUUUUUUUUUUUCCUUUUCUCAAUUUAAUUACUUUCUGGUUACAUGGACUGGACUGCAAUGCAUGAAUGGUUGGUUCAUAUAGGAGACACACAUCUCGAGGCUCCUACUCUGUAGCAUUAACUGUAGCUGUACCAGAUUCCUCUCUCUCUCUCUCUCUCUGCUUUUUCUACAUUUUGCUUUUCUUUAGUAAUAUUUUCAUCAUCAUAACCAUCUCCGGAAAAUCUUGGACUCAGACGCACGAAAAGGAGUCUGAGACCCUCAGGUUUUCCAAUAAAUGGCUUUCAGUCUAAUCAGGUUUCCGUUAAUGGCUUCGAUUUUAUGACCCUUUCCCCACAACUACCUCUAUCGUUUCCCCUGCUUCUCUGUCUUUCAUGAAAACAACUAGUCCUCUGUUUUUGCCUCCGAGUAGAGUGUGAAACAAAGUCCUACCGUUUCCUCUCAUUUCACCAUCUGGGUCUUGUCCCUUUCCUCUGAACCGAGCUUGUUGGCCUAGUGGAUUUCUCGCUUCGUGCAGAAGCCAUUUGCAUUUUGGGACUUGGGAAAGGUUGCUCUGUUUUCCUCUGUUCAAGACGAAAAGGUUAGGGUUUGUAGAAAAUAAGAGUUCUCUACUUUUGCAUUUUCUUCUAUUUCCUUUUUUCUUUUGUUUUGAAAGUCUAGUUGAGGUGGGUUUUCAGUGUUUUUGAGAUUUUUACUUUGGAGGCCUUUCAAAUUGGGAUUUGUUUCAUGAAGUGGGUCGUCCAAUUUUUUGUUUAGUGGUAUUUUUGGUCAUUUUGAGGGACUUUGUGUUUGUUUACUCUGAAAACAUAAUCAGCGUCCAAAUUCCUAGUUUAGUACUUGCUUUUUGUUCACAGUAGGAUUUCAGUAUUGUUGAGAGGUUCACUUUGAAAGCUCUGGGAAUGGGGUCUAUUUCAUGGACUAGGUUGCCAGAUAUUCACUGAAAACUUGAAUCUUUUAGGCUUUUGGUUAUAUUGUUGAUGUGGGUCUUUGGUUAUUUUGUGGGAUUGUGUUUGGAUUCUGCGAAAAUGAAUUUAGUUUUGUGACUUGGGUCCCCAAAAUUUUGGUGAAAAUGGGAUGUGCGAACUCCAAAACCGAGAAAAAUGAAGCUCUCCGUCUCUGUAGAGAACGGAAGAGAUUCAUCCAGCAGGCCAUUGAUUCAAGGUACGCUCUAGCAGCUGCUCAUGUAUCUUACAUCCAAUCCCUUAGAGACAUCGGCAGUGCUCUUCGGCGGUACGCCGAGGCCGAGGUCUUGAUAGAGUCGUCUCUAUCGAUCUCAGAUAAGACGCCAUCGCAUUCAUCAUACCCGUCUCCGUCUCCGUCAAAUGCUGUCGACGUUUCUGACUCACCAUUGCACAACGAGAGCCCCCUUUCGCCGCCGGUGGCGACUUUGAGAUAUAUGAGGUCAGGAGGGGGUACUGCUGCUGUGACUGUUACGUUCAACCCAAGUGUUGGUAAUAGUUAUGUGGAUGGGGAAUCAAUGGCAUUUCCAAUGCCACCACCACCUCCACACCCUCUUGAGUCAGGUUCUUGGGAUUUCUUUGAUCCCAUUGAUGACAGUGAGAGCUUUAGGUUUGUGGGGCACGAUGAUUUGGAUGUGAAUUUGGAUGAUAUGAAUGGGUGGAGGCCCCAAUCAGAGCUAAAGGCUGGUGAAACCCCCAGUAAUAAGAUAGCAACUCGAAAUAAUAGCUACAGUCAAUUAGUAGAGCGUCAUGGUCAUUCAAAUGCUUCAAGAGGAGUUGAAGGUUCUCAGCAAACGAUUGAUGGUAAAGUGAGGCGGCUAGAGUUGGAAUGUAAUGGUAAUGAGUUAGCUGAGACUUUUACGGGUAAAGUUGCUCUCGAACAAUCCAGUUCAAAGAGGGAGAAAGCCCUGGUGGUGAAAGAUUUAUCUGCUGAAAGAGAGGAUCCUUCAGAGUUCAUUACCCACAGAGCUAAAGAUAUUCUUUCGAGCAUUAAGGAUAUUGAGCACCGUUUCUUCCGAGCUUCUGAAUCCGGUAGGGAGGUCUCCAGGAUGCUCGAGGCAAACAAAAUCAGGGUUGGAUAUUCUGAUGCUGAAGGGAACUCAUCUGUUUUGGAUCUUUUGGGGGCUUUCCAUCUAGUUUGCUGCCAUUGGAAGACUGCUCGUGAUACUCAUGAACCUUCACAAAAUGCAACAAAGGUUAUUACAUGGAAGCGGACACCAUCUUCAAGGUCAUCAUCAUCUAGGAAUCCACUUGCCACAGCAUCAAAAGAAGAUAACGAUGACAGCGGAAGUGAUUUUGUUGAAGAGUUCUGCAUGAUAGCAGGAAGUCAUUCCUCCACUCUCGACAGACUUUACGCAUGGGAGAGAAAACUUUAUGAUGAAGUAAAGGCCAGUGAAUCUAUCAAGAAGGCGUACGAUCGGAAGUGCAACCAGCUUCGUCGCCAAUUUGCAAAGGAUUGUAGCAGUCCAGUGAUUGACAAAACCCGGGCAGUUGCAAAGGAUCUUCAUUCACAAAUAAGGGUGGCAAUUCACUCUGUUGAUUCAAUAUCUAAGCGAAUUGAGAAAAUUAGGGAUGAAGAGUUGCAACCGCAACUCGUAGAAUUAAUCCAGGGAUUGACCAGGAUGUGGAAAGCUAUGCUUGAAUGUCAUCACGCACAAUACAUCACCAUCUCAUUGGCAUACCAUUCAAGGUCAUCAGCAGGAACUCCCCAAGGAGAUACCCGCAGGCAGAUAAUAUCUCAACUCCAGAAUGAGAUUGAAUGUUUUGGCUUAAGUUUUGCUAAUUGGAUCAACAGUCUCACAUCGUAUGUGGAGGCUCUUAAUGGUUGGCUGCAAAACUGCAUUCUACAACCGCGAGAACGCUCCAAGAGCAGAAGGCCAUUCUCCCCUCGUCGAGCUCUGGCCCCGCCUGUAUUUGUUCUCUGUCGUGAUUGGUCAGCUGGGCUUACAACUUUGCCAUCUGAUGAGCUUAGUAAUGCAAUCAAAACAUUUUUAUUGGAUGUGUGCCAGUUGAUGGAGCGACAAGCGGAACAGCUACAGAAUAAACAGAAAUCUGCUGAUGCAGAAAUUGGAGAACCAGAGAACAAAGAUAAUGAGAAGGACGAUGAUUCUUCCUCAAAUUUGUGCAGCAUACAAACAAGUUUGACAAAGGUUCUUGAUCGGCUGAACAAGUUUUCUGAGGCUUCGUUGAAAAUGUAUGAAGAUGUUAGACAGAAUAGUGAAACAGCCCGAAUUGCAUAUUUGAAAGGCAGGCCAACUAGUACAUAAAGUUUAUGUAAUUAUCUAAUAUAAGCACCUCAGUUUGUGGCGUGGUUGGAAUAGAGAUACUUGUACAUUUCAUAGUGUUGCAAAGUGCUAUUUAGAAAGAAAAAAAUGUGGGGAGUAUUGUGAGAAUAUUACUGUGGUUAAUUUUUGGGAGGCUUAAGGUGAAACCCCAGAUUUACAGGGUUCAGAUAUCUUCUUCACACUGGGGUUUAUGUUAAGAUAUUAAAUUUGUUUCCAGUUCGUGAGCUGGAUUGUGCCUCAGCC